AAUGUUAUCAAUGUAUUUUAGUUUGUGUUGAACAAGAGAAAUUAAAACUGUUUUUUCUGUAAUCAUGCGAAUAAUUUAUUUGUUUCUUUUAAUUUCGGGCACUACAUGUUGCCAAAGCCGCUGGAAUAAAAACAAAAAUCCAGCUCUGGAACUGAGACCUUCGACAAAAAGUGACCUCAUUUGGUUCAAACCAACUGACGAAAGACGCCAAAAUUACAAAAACGACUUGAAUAAUUUACUCAAACGAUAUAAUACUAAAUUGCCAAAUGUGGUUCAAUGUCUGCCACACCAAUCCCCUCCACCAACCAAAGUCUGUGAUUUUGAUAUUGGCACGCACAUGACUCCAUGCGUGCCAGAAUUUGGUUUUGGGUACGAUUCUGGUACACCUUGUGUAUUUCUAAAACUAAGAAAUGUGCCAAAGUGGAGACCUGUGCUUUAUAAUACCACCAAUAUGCCGUCAGAAAUGCCAAUUUUUUUAAAAGAAACCAUCUCAAGACUUGAAUUGAGAGGAAUGCAUCAAAAUAUUUGGGUGAGUUGUGAUGGUGAUAAUGCAGCUGAUAAGGAAAACAUCGGGCCGUUAAGAUAUUUGCCUUUGAAUGGUUUUCCAAGCCAGUAUUUUCCCUAUAACGGCGAUAAGGGCUAUCUUGACCCUUUAGUAGCCCUUCAUUUCGAACAACCGGCGCGUGGUGUUUUGAUUAAUGUGGAGUGCACCAUUUGGGCGAAAAAUAUACCACGUGACCGGGAAAAUAAUCUAGGGCAUGUGCACUUUUCGUUGUUGGUAGAUUAAGUUUAUCAUAAAAAAUGUAAAAAAACGAUAAUAAAAACUUUGUUUAUC